CCUUUUGUUUUAAACCAAAGUGCACUCAUAAUAAGCUGCAUUUAAACUGCUGCCAUGGUGUUACUCUUUGAGGUGAGGUGACCUGAUGAGCUAAUGGAAGAAGAACUGAAUUACAUUACGGUGACUUUCAAGACUAAGGGUAUUUCUGCUCCCGAAAAACCAAACGACAUGGAAACAAUCUAUGAUGAGGUGAAGACAAGGGAUAAGCAAGUGUUGGAUGCGAAUCCUGCCAUACCAGAAAAGGAAAAGAAAGCUCCAGGUUCCUGGCUUCAUCUGGUGGCAGCAGUUUUGGGGAUUAUUUGUGUCAUCUUGCUGUCGACCUUCAUCACCGUCAGUAUCCACUUCAACACAGUCAUGUCAUACCAGUACAGCGAAAAAGACAACUUAACGGAACAGAAUCUGCAGCUGCGGACAGGAAUGAUGGAUUUGGAGAAAAGGAGAGAAGAGCUGACCAGAGAGAUAGACAAACUCAACUGGACCCUCGGAGUCAUCAUGGAGCAUCAGGAAUUUGCUGUGAAUACACGAUGCCCAAACAAAGCAUGUAAACCUUGCCUGGAAGGCUGGGUGCUGUUUCAGUCAAACUGUUACCUGUUUACAUCACAUAUUUACUCCUCCAGUUGGAAGAGUUGGUAUGAUAGCCGCAGUGAUUGCCAAAACAUGCAUGCAGAUCUGGUGGUGAUCGAGAGCCUGGAGGAACAGGAAUUCAUCAAUAACCACAUACAGUACUAUAAUGAUGAAAAGCAUGGAUUUUGGAUCGGCUUGAGCAAGAUGGACAUUUGGACGUGGGUGGAUGGACGCAACCUCACUGUGACGUUCUGGAGUCCACAACCACCUAACAACAGAAUGAAUUGUGUUCUGACUCAGAAGCAAGCAGUUAACUGGAGAAAGGCAGGCUGUACAAUGAAGAACCGCUGGAUCUGUGAAACAAGAGCUUUGGUCAAACAAGAUUAGGCUUUGUCUGCAUUACCCGAAUAGGUUAUUUAACAUUCAAUACAUCUUCUAUGUCUUCUUCUCAAAGCUGACUCGUAGUGUUUUUCCAGUUGUUUUUUUUCCUUACUGUCUUUACUUCUUGUAACUUAUUGCCUGUUCUACAAAUCCUACAGUACACCAUCACCUUUGAGUUGUAUAUGGUAUGCUUCAAUAUAUGUAUGUAUUUAUAUUAAAGGAAACUCAAUAAAGACUAUCCUUCCAA